CGACGUCAUAUUCACUUCAUACCCUGCGAGCCUGCAAGCCUGGAAGCCUUAGAUGCCUCUUCCUGUCGAGUAGUCGAUCAGACGAGUCAAAGGUGCGAGUGGAAGUACCUGAAGCGACUACGCAAUCGACAUGGCUGCAGUGACAGGCCAUCACCAGGACCCAGCAGACAUCAGCCAAUGAUCUCCCCAAGGACAUCUUUGCCAAACUCCUCCAGCUGCCAGAAGAAGACACUUGAAUCCAACACCAUAGCUACUCGUGCUACUGUGGUCCUCGUAUUUCAUACGAAGUCCUUCCCUGGCUCUGACGCAACUCCAGCACAGCCAGCAUUGACUUUCGACGCUCCUGUUCGGCAGCCUACAUCCCCGAGUGGAAGUUAGGCUUUGGAAGCUGUAUCCGUCGAUCACGAAUUCCUCUCCCAUCCUCCAUCCUACACACUACUCGUAACUUCCUUACCUUACUCCAUUAUAAUGUCCUAACAACCCUCCUUCAUCACCUACUGUGUACACAAGCCCUCAGCACUCCCUCGAAAAUGGAAGACUCCGAAACCCAGACUCGCUCCGAGCGCUCCCCCCUCCUCCCCUCUGACCGGCGCUAUCUCGACACCCUCCGCUCUUCUCGCGACUUCGUAGCUUGCCACAUCAUCAAAAUCCACGGCGAAGAAUCCAUGGUCUGGAAACUGCGCACCCAUCUCCAGCGCUUCCUCUCGUCCAAAUGGGGUCACUACUUCGUCAUCGCUCUGGUGGCGCUCGACAUCAGCUGCAUCUUCGCUGACUUCCUCAUCUCUCUGCACAUGUGCGAGCACCGAUUCGACGAAAAGUUCCCCUACAAAGAUUGGCAAUUCGCCGACCAUGUCCUCGACUAUGUCAGCCUGGCUUUCUCAUGCCUGUUCAUGGCUGAAUUGCUGGGGAGCGUGUUUGCUUUCGGGCUAGGUUAUUUCCGUUCCAAAUUCCACAUCUUUGACGCCUGCGUCAUCGUUGCAGCGUUCAUCAUCGAUGUUCUCCUGCGCGGUCCCGUUGAAGAGGCCGGCUCUCUUGUCGUGAUCGGUCGAUUGUGGCGAGUCUUCAAGAUCAUCGAGGAAUUCUCCACGGGCGCAGAAGAUGAGCUAGAAGAUAUGUAUGAACGCAUUGAGCAGCUCGAACAGGAGAAGGACAAGCUUGUCAAGGAGAAUCAAGAAUUGAGAUUUCGCGGGAAUAUCUCUGACGGGACGGCUCAUUGAGUGAUGCUCAGCCGCGGCAGUACCCUCAAAGAUGCUGCUAAGUUAUGAAUUUUGGCAUGCCCGCCUAUACGUAAACUGUACCCGGGGAUGACGGUACCUGUUUGAGUAUGGUAAACAUCUUUCAC